CUUUAUCAAAAAUGCAUCCUCUAACCCCUUUCGCAGCUUCCAUUUAAACGCGAAGACACGUGUCCAACACUUUACAUGCGUCUACUUAGGAUAACACAUCCGAAGGACCAAACAUGAGCCAUAAUGUCAAUGAGGGGGGUCAACCCUCCACCGGAGAUGUCCUUCACACCAUUGGCACACAAACUCAGGAGAAGAAGAAUAGGAAGAAGAGAGCUUGUCUUCGGAAAACUGAGGACACAAGGCUGAAGAAAAUCAAGGUUACAAGCUCUUUGAUAGAACUGUACAACAAGUACAUCACCGCCAGAUGUUUAAGGCCUCCCAAAAAAACUGAUAAAAGGCCACCUUUCAUCGAUUACGGUGGGUACCAUAUAUCAUAUGAACACUUCCGUGACGCACUCAAGCCACGCGGAUGGGUUGACACCCAUACAAUGGAGCUCUACAUUCGCCAGUUCAACCUUCAACAAACAAUGGAAGCAUGCAGCUCUGCCCUUCCUACCAAAUACGCCUUCUCACAGUCCUUGACGGCAAAACUAAGCGUGCCCGAGGAAAAAUUCGUUGCAACCAACUGCCUUCGUGAAUUCAACAAUGCCUACCAAGAUGGCUCGCUCAAGUCAAAGGAUAUGCUUUACUUCGCAAUUCCCCACAAACAACAUUGGAUACUAUGUUGCAUCAACCUUCUUUACAAACAGAUCAACAUAUUCGAUUCAGACAAGAAGCUGAAAAAUGAUGAAGUGUACGAGUUGUCAAACAAUCUGGUUACCAACUUUACGACACUGGCCACGCAUGCCAAAGCAUUCACAAAGUUGGAUUUCAUGAAGUUCACGUGCUUCAACCCCCCGAUUGCCCCCAACAGAAAACGCACUACGAUUGCGGAAUAUUCACAAUGCUCUUCAUGAAGCAAUGGGAUGGGAAGAUCAUGGCCAACUUUUCCAAGGAUACAUACGGCCAUCGGGCGAUUAUCACCGAACUAAUCAUAACUUCGCAGCUCAACAACCAAGACCCUACCUGGGUACUGAAGA